AUGGUUUGUUGUAAUAAAAAGGUUUGUAGUCGCCUAUUUUCUCAAGUAAGUACACUAUUCGGAAUUGAUUUUGAAAUUCGUGGUAUUAAAAAUAUCCCUAAAGACAAGAGCUGUUUAAUAAUUGGGCCUCAUCAGAGUAUCAUUGAUGCAGCAGGUUUAUACAAGGCAUUUCCGUUGUUUUGGAAAACUGUAGUUGUAGUUAAAAAGGAAUUAAAAGAAAUACCGGUUUUGGGUUAUUUUCUUUCUUUAAUAGAAUGUUUUAUAUUUAUCAAUCGUCAAGAUCGAAAUGAAACUAUUGAAACUUAUCGUAGCGUACUAAAUAGUAACAAAGAUCAAGUUGUACAUUUUGCUGUAUUUAUCGAAGGUACUAGAAAUUUAAAACGAAAAUUACUUCCAUUCAAAAGAGCACCUUUCAAAUUAGCCUUGGAAUAUAGAUUACCUAUAUUAAUGAUCGCAAACUCACAGUAUGAAUGGUACCGAAAGGAUAAACCUAAAACAACAAUCAAUGCUUUAACUAAAAUUUUGCCUGCAAUGCCAAUUGAAAACUUCAAUGAAGAGAAUAUUCAUGAAUUGAUUCAAUACUGCCAGGAUACAUUACAGAUGGAAUGUGAUAAGUUAAAUAAAGAAAUUGAUGAAAGAGAUCAGGUCCAGUAA